AUGUCGGCGCUGUCGAGCGUCGCGCGCGCGCGCGCGUCGGGAACGACGGUGCGCACGCGCCGUCGCUCGCGGCGCGCGCGCGGGACGCGAAGGGCGACGAACGAGGACGACGCGGACGCUGGGUUCGACGUGGAAAUCGCGGAAAAACCGACGCACUGGCGCGUCGUCGAUGGCUUCGUGAGCGAUUUCGCGAACGAUUUGCGCGCCGUGUACGAUGGACGCACGCGCGAUCCGCUGCGCGUGGAUCCGGAGCGGUUCGUGUGGGAUUACUGGCACGUGCCGAAUCAGUACACGCUGCUGCGAACGCCCGCGGAGGACUAUUUCGGCGCCGAGCGGUACGGCGAGUUGGAAAAGGCGCUGUUGGAGUACGGACGGAGAGAGUUGGGAUGCUCGGCGAUCACGCCGGUGUGGAUGUCGUGUUACGUGCACGGGAUGCGGCAAGAGUUGCACGCCGAUGUGCCGCACGGACCGUGGGCCUUCGUGCUCAGUUUGACAAAGAACGACGCGGAGGAUGGGUCGUACGGCGCACAUUUUAGGGGCGGUGAAACGCAAAUAAUGCGCCCCGAGCGAUUGAAUUAUUGGAAGAAUUUUGACGCCGGCGAGGUCGUCGAGCGGUCGCAAAUCAUGGAGACCAUCGCGCCGACGUUUGGGCGUCUCGUGGCGUUCGACCCGCGCCUACCGCACGGCGUCACUGAAGUUUUCGGGACUCAAGAUCCGAGGCACGGAAGGUUGGUACUACACGGAUGGUUUAAAGACCCCGAACCGUCGUUUUCUGGCGCAUUGACGGAGGAGGACGCGUCGCCGACGCUCGAGGGCGCGCUCGGGGAACUGUACGGACGUCUCGUCGAGCUUCCCCGAGCGAGCGGCAUGGUUUGCGCCGCGCUCACCGUAGCUCCAGAUGGUGCGGUGACCAAUCUACGAUGGACGUGCGAUACCCUGACGCCGAUUCCUUUGCCCGAGCUCCCGAGUGAGACGGACAUUCGCGACGCCAUCAUGCUCGACAUCGCGAGCGCGCUGUUGGAGUUGAAAUUUCCGGCUCGCGAUGCCGACACAGAAAUGACCCCGACCGCGUCCGACGGCGCCGACGAUGAUAUUGUCGACGUGCACGCCUUCAAAACCCCUCGCGGAGUCGUGCGCGUGCGCACGCGGCGUCCGAAACUCUUUCCAGAAGACACUUCAACCGCCGAGUGCGACGAGACUGGACGCGUCGCCUGGCGCGCUCUCCCAGCGCUCUGCGCGUAUUUAGCCAGCGACGAAGGAUACUCGAUCGUGGUCGAGCGCUCGCGCGUGCUCGAGCUCGGCGCGGGGCUGGGGACGCCUGGGAUGCUGUGCUGGCUGAGCGGCGCCGCGCGCGAGACGACGCUGACGGACGGAAACGCCGACGUCGCGAGCGAUCUACGGCGAUCGAUCGAGAUGAAUCGAAACUUUGUAGAUGACAAUGUAUUGACGUCGCUCGGGAGCGCGACGGCGGGGACGCUGGAGUGGGGGCGAGGGGACGCAGAUGAUUUCGCGAGAAAAACGUUUCCACUCGUCGUCGCGAGCGACGUGGUGUACAGCGAGGCAUCGGCGCGCGAUGUGUUAGACGUCGUGCACACAAAGCUCGAGCGUGAUAAUGGGAUGCUUUUACUCGCGUACGUGUCGCGUUGGGCGCACGUGGAUCGGGCGCUGUACGAGGCAAUCGUAGCCGGUGGGUGGACCGCAACGCUGAUUCCCGUGGCGGAUUUCGACGAGCUCGCUCGCAAAGAAUCGUUGGAAGGUCGACCUUGUUUGUUCGAAAUCACACGCGGUGGGUGCGGCGCGCGCGGGCAAAUUCGAGCAAGAAUGCCGAAACGCGCUCGUGAGUGGUUUGAUGCUGAAUUAAACGUGCUCAAGAUCACACCCGCGGACGCGUUUACGGAGCGCUUUGCUGAUGACUUGUGUUCAACACUCGAGACGCACGGAGGCGCGAUCGAGAGUCUGGAGAUUAACGCGAAAGGGCCGUUUAGAAUACAUCAAGACACGCUUCGUUGUUUGCUCGACGUGUUUGCGAAACACGCGUCACGAGUGAAGCUAAUUAGGUUGAAGUUGUGCGAAACUUGGCUCGAUGUCGACGGAUGGCGCGCCUUGGGAGAUUUUCUCUGCGAAUCGGACGUGCGCGAUUUGGAGAUUAUCGGUGAGGAUGUCGACGAGGAAAUUUUGCACGCGAUGACGAAUUCGAGUGGAAACGUUGCAAACUCGUGGGUCAGUCGAUUGAAGAGCUUAAAGUUCAGCCGUUGCGACCGAUUGAACGCUCAAGCCAUUGUCGCGCUUCGACAGUCGUGGUUUCCUCCGCCCGCUCUCGCACGCGAGUUGGAAUGUUUCGAAGUAAGCUUCUGCCCAAUCGGCGACGAAGGCAUAAAAUCAAUCUGUGACAUCGAAUUUGUUGGCUUGCGCGAGCUUCGUCUGGCGAACGUUGGCGUGUCCGCGAUUGGCGGCGCCGACGUCGCUUCAAGACUCGUGGCGCGGUGCGAACAAUUACGAAACCUCGAUCUGAGCGGCAACGAUUGUUUUGACGCCAACGGCGCGGCCGAGCUUUCUACAUAUCUCGAAACCAUAGGGAAAUCACUCGUGAUCUUGGAUCUGAGUGGUUGUUCUCUAGGAGAUAACGGAUUGAUUUGGUUGUGCGAAGCGCCUCGAGGGCUGAAAACGCUGCGUCGCCUCGAGACUCUUCGUCUUGGUUCGAACGGAAUCGGCGACUCGGCGAUGCCAGCGCUGGCCAAUCUCUUCCAAAAUGGUCACUUUCCUAUGCUAAAGUGUUGCGAUCUGUCCAUGAACGUCAUCUCAUGGCGCGGCACGUACGAUUUUACCGAAGCCUUCGACGUCGCCGCCGCCGCCGCCGGCGCGUCGCCUACUCCCCUCGAGAUCCUCAGCCUCCGCGGAAACCACAUCGGCGAUGACGGCAUCGACGCCAUCACCGAUAUUCUCCCCAAUCUCCCUCACUUGCACACGCUCGACGUCUCCGACUGUGACCUCACCGCCGUCGCCGUCCGCCGUCUCGCGGAAUCGUCCUCGUCUCGCACGUUCGCCGCGACGCUCUCCCGCAAUCCCGGCAUCGACCGAACCGCCGUGGCCGCUCUCGCGCGCGAAUUCGAUGAUUUAGCUUUUGCUCGCGGACUAGAUGGAUUUUAA